GGUCCCCCGGCCACGGUUCAAACUGGAAAAAUGGCUGGGGCUUCUGAGUUGGUGGUCCUUGACCCUCCGUGGGACAGGGAGGGAGUGGCCGGGACGGACAAACAGGCCUUGGUCCCUGUCAUCCCCCGAGAGGACUUUCGGGUGCGCUGCACUUCGAAGCGGGCUGUGACGGAAAUGCUACAACUCUGCGGUAGCUUCGUGCAAAAGCUCGGAGACGCUCUGCCGGAGGAGAUUCGGGAGCCCGCGCUGCGAGAUGCGCAGUGGACUUUUGAAUCAGCUGUGCAAGAGAAUGUCAGCAUUAAUGGACAAGCAUGGCAGGAAGCUUCAGAUAAUUGUUUUAUGGAUUCUGACAUCAAAGUACUUGAAGAUCAGUUUGAUGAAAUCAUAGUAGAUAUAGCCACAAAGCGUAAGCAGUAUCCCAGAAAGAUCCUGGAAUGUGUCAUCAAAACCAUAAAAGCAAAACAAGAAAUUCUGAAGCAGUACCAUCCUAUUGUACAUCCAUUGGACCUGAAAUAUGACCCUGAUCCAGCCUCUCAUAUGGAAAAUUUGAAAUGCAGAGGGGAAACAAUAUCUAAGGAGAUCAGUGAAGCCAUGAAGUCCUUGCCUACAUUAAUUGAACAAGGAGACGGAUUUUCCCAAGUUUUAAAGAUGCAGCCUAUUGUCCAGCUUCAGAGGAUCCACCAAGAAGUCUUUUCCAGUUGUUACAGGAAACCAGAGGCUAAAUCUGAGAGCUUACUUGCACAAAUAGAAACCACACCAACAGAGACUGCUUCCAGGAAAACCUCCAAUGUGGUAUUGAAAAGGAAGCGAACUGAAGACUGCCCCCAAAGAAAAUGGUAUCCCUUGCGGCCAAAGAGAAUUAAUCUUGACACAUAAGCCCUUUUUGUUUAUUUUGGGAGUUGAAAAUAGGCGAUAUCAACAUUUAGAUUAUAGCCUGAUACCUAGACAAGACUUCAUUUAAAACAACAAAUAACUCUUUUACUAGUGAUUGAUUUAUAUAAAUAUAGUAGCUGCAUGCUAGAAUGUGAUAUAUUGUAUUUCUUUCCUCACCAUUUCAUUUAUCUUCAAAGAAAAGCUUUUUUUUUUUUAAGUAUUGGCACAAAGCCCAUCAAUGGGCAUUAAGAAUGCAAACUUUUACUGUUCUUAAAUGCUAUCAACUUUUGGCUGCCUUACAGCUUUUGUGGAAUUUCAUGAGUAACAUAUUCUGUUAGGUUUUCCUGAUAUAUAUCUUUCUUAAAAAAGAAAAAAAGCUGUGUAAUCAUUCUUCAUUUAUGUGCUGGAAAGUAAUCAUCCUCAGUUCUGCACAACAGUAGGUGCAGUAUUUUUUAGAUGCAGUUUGAUUUAUCAAAUUAAUGUGCAGGUGACAAGACUGGCUUUGACUUUGUUACUCUGUGUGUAGCUAAUUUGGAUCUGUGGGAUUAAUUUUUUUUGUUUUUGUUUUAUUUUGUAAGACAUGAAGUUAUUUACGCAAGAAUUACUCUUAGAAAUAAAAAUUGGCAUAUAGCCAAGGUUCCCUUUCCACAAUUUUGUUUUCCAUAGACCUUUUAAUAUAAUUUGUCUUGGAGCUAAUAAAUUCUUUUUAGGAUUUCUCAUUUAUUUCUUUAUAGAUCAUUCUAAUACAAAAUAUAUAUCAGAUUAAUACAUUGGAAAAUUGUCUUUGUGGAACAGAUGCAGUCAUACUAUAAACUCUUUCACAUUUGAGAAUGUUUAUAUAUCAGAUAUCUAAUCAUUGGUAGGAGUCUGAGAAAGCUAUAUUGCCUUUACUUCUAACAUUUAAGUACAGUUUCUUAUAGCUCUUGUUGUGUCUCUUAACUCAUGUUAUACAAUGUAGGCAGGGCCAUCCAACUUAUUGUUUCCCUUUUUGAAGCUUAUAAUGCCUUCAUCCAUUUUCAGAGGAAUUUAUUAAUCAUGAGAUUGGAAAAUCUGUACUUCUUUUGCUCAGUAUGUCUUAAUAAUUGUAACUGUCUAGAUUUAAUAGGUCUGUCUCAGUGAAGCAAACUUACAAAGACCCUCUUGCAUUUGUGUUUUAAUAUUACAAUUUGAGAUCUGUAUAUUUGUACAAAGCACUGUGUUUUUUAUUAAAAUAAUAUACAAAGACUGAAA